AUGUCGAAUAAUGAAAGUGAAACAUUGGAAGAACGUUUAGCUAAACGACGUCUCUUGCAUAGAAGAAGACUUUUAGAUAACAAAAAUUCUUCUGUUGAAUCAGAAAUAAUACCAAUUAAUCGUAGUCCAACAACAACACAGUCACUUGAUCGUCAAUCAAAUAAACGUCUUUCUCGAACAAAAUUUGUUGAUGAACAUAAAACAUCAUUGCCAACCAUUCAAAAUUCAGAAUUACUACCAAAUGAAAACACAAAUUCAAAAUCAAAUUAUAUUUCAUCCAACAAUAAAACUAAUUCAACUCCUCUUCCAUCACGAUUAUCUAAAUAUCAAUGUUUCGAUUCUGAAAAUGAAAAACAAAUUUCAUCAAACGCUCUUUCUAUUAAUGAACAGCAACAAAAUGAAAAAUUCAUCAUUAAUAACAACACGGUUUCAUCAACACUUCUACCAAUGAUUUCUUCUACAACUAUCGAAAAGUCAAAUCCAAUUCAACAAGAAAUUGACAAAGAUUCUUCUUCACAUCAAGAUAAAAAACCUGUCGUUAUUAAAGAAAAUCUUUCAUCCAUAUUCCGUCCGAUUAUUCCUCUUACAACUACCGAAAAAUCUAAUUCAAUUGUACAUGAGACUCGUGAGAAUCCUACUUCAAAUCAAAUCAAAGAUCAUUCUCACACAACAUUCGAUUAUCCAUUGCGUUAUCCACGACCAAAUACCGAUCAUUCACAACAACAAUUUAAUUUUACACCACUCGAUUCAAAGUCUGUUGCACGUGCUAAAUCAGAAGAAAUCAUAUCAACAAAUAAAUCCAAACAUCAACUAACUGAUUCAAAAUAUCCUAAACUAAAUUUAUUAGCACUUUCAUAUUUAUUUAAUAGACGUAUGAUUGCUGCUGGAUUAGCUCCUAUGUCAUCAUUUGAUUAUGAACAACCACAACGUAAAACUGUUUGGGAUUGA